CCUCAAAAUAAUCUCAUUUUGACGUUUGUUUUUAUGUAUUAAAAUAGAAAUGUUUUAAACAAGUACACCAAAAUGUCCCUUCUAAGAAAAUCAGUUCCACUUUUAAGAAAUGCCGUUAAGUAUUUUCCUGGAAAAAUACAAGCACCAAAAAUUCACCGAUGGGUUGCACCAACGUUAGCAGAGUUUAAGAGACGCGAGAACAAGGCGGGUGGUAAAAAAAUCAAUCCGAGGAAUACAUUCCUGGAAUGGAAUUUAGAAGCAGAAUUAUUUGCUUUUGGAAAGCGACUCAAUGAAGAAUUCGACUCGGAUUUACUUUUACAAGCUUUUACAGAUAGAUCGUAUGUUAUAAAAGAAGAAAUGAAACAAAAGGAGCUGGAAUUUACCAUACAAAUGAAGGAUAACAGAGAACUGGCUGAAGAAGGUGACAAGUUUAUCAAGCAGUAUAUAAACUUGUAUUUAGAAGCUGUCUUACCGAGGUUUCCCUUGGAAGGUAUAGCUUCAAUUAAGGAACACCUUGUCAGUGAAGAUACACUUGUAAACAUAUCCCUACACCUUGGUACUAAAGACAUUAUCUUGGCAUCUGAAUAUCCAGUAGAUAACUUUACUUUAGCAAACACAUUCAAAGCAAUAGUUGGAGCUCUGUUAAGAUCAUCGGGUGAGGAAAGAGCAGCUCAUUUUGUUAGGGAUUUUGUUAUUACACAGUUACAAGGUAAAGAUGUAAACGAUUUGUGGAAGAUAGAAGAUCCUUGGUCAAUGCUUUGUGAGAUAAUUGAGAAGGAAGGAGGUAAAAUAGAACCUAGACUCAUUGGUGAGGUCGGAAAGAAUACAUUGCUAGCUUGCUAUAGAGUUGGACUUUAUAUAGACAAGAAAAUGCUUUCUUCAGGUUUUGGUGAAACUGUUUCAACGGCAAAAGAAAUGGCCGCAAUUGAAGCGCUUAAGAAAAUAUUUGGCACAGAAGACAGUAUGGCUCCAAUCAAUUUCAAACUGCAAGGAAUACCAAAGUCAAGUCAAAAGAAACAAAUAUCUGCUAAUUAAAUUUAAAUG